GGGAGCAAGCCCGCGGGUGGAUGACCCCCGUGGGGCUGUGGGUGGGGCGGCGGUGUUCACUUUGAGGGCUGGAGCGAGGGCGUGGGACUCUCUCGCCUCUCGAACACGGUCGAGGGCCCAGCACCGGGCCGGUUGGAGGAAGGCACCCCGAACGGCUCGCCUCUGGCGGAAGGAGAGGUGGCCCUGGGAGCCGGCGUCCCGCCCCCGGCGGUCUCCUUCCCCGACCCUCCUCCUCCUGGACUGCGCGGGCGGCACCCACUCGGGCUCGAGGGCUGCGGCGGGAACCGCCUAGGCGGCCGGACCGGGCCCUCCCCCGGAGGACGUGCCGGAGAAGAGGGCGCGCGGCGGUGCGUCCGUCCGCCCCGAGGUCAGGCCGCCGGUCCCGGUCCGUGGUCCUCUGGCCUUUGCCCGGCCCUCUUGGCACCGGCCCCCGACUUGCCCGCGUUGCCUCUGCUCCGAGUAUGCCACCAAGCCCUCUGGCGGGGUGACUGUUCCUCGCGGCGCUGCCGGGAAGGAGAUCCAUGUUGAAAGGCUCCUGUCCGCGUUCCCCUCGCCCGCUGGAAAGUUCCCCUCCAGUGGAACGCUUGUCUUCCUCCCCGGGACCCUCUGAUGGGUGCCCCUCCGGCCACCGUCUGAUUUAGCUCGGGGGAUCCCCUGAGGUCCGAUCUUCGGAACCAUCACCCACACAAGGGCACGGUCGUUCUCCGCGCCCAAGAAGGGCAAAUGGACUUUGGAGUUAAGAUGCAGGGGGUUGACCCCGUGUCAACCAUGAACGUCUCAGAGAGUGAGGGAAAGCUGGAGGGCCCGGCCCCGGCCCCGGCCCCGGCCCCGGCGGUGACCCCGAACAAGAACAGCAGCAGCAGCAGCGGUGGGGGUGGAAUCAGCAGCAGCAGCAGCGGCAGCAGCGGCGGCGGCGGCCGCGGCGGCAAUGCAAAAAGCUGGCAGUACAGUGAUCACAUGGAAAAUGUAUGCGGCUACUUGAUGAAGUACACCAACCUUGUCACUGGGUGGCAGUACAGAUUUUUUGUUUUAAACAAUGAAGCUGGGUUAUUGGAAUACUUUGUGAAUGAACAGUCUAGAAAUCAAAAACCCAGAGGUACUUUGCAGCUUGCAGGAGCUGUAAUAUCACCCAGUGAUGAAGACUCUCACACCUUCACUGUAAAUGCUGCCAGUGGGGAACAGUAUAAACUCAGAGCCACAGAUGCUAAAGAGCGACAGCACUGGGUUAGCAGACUUCAGAUAUGUACACAACAUCACACUGAAGCUAUUGGCAAGAAUAACCCUCCUCUGAAAUCACGGAGCUUCUCACUUGCAUCUAGUGGUAAUUCUCCUAUAUCCCAAAGGAGGCCAAGUCAAAAUACCAUUUCUUUUUUUAAUGUUGGACAUUCCAAACUACAAUCAAUGAGCAAAAGAGCUCACUUACCUCCAGACCAUCUUGUAGAAGUCAGAGAAAUGAUGUCUCAUGCUGAAGGACAACAAAGAGACUUGAUUAGACGAAUUGAAUGCCUUCCUGCUUCCGGCCAUCUUAGUUCCUUGGACCAGGAUCUCUUAAUGCUCAAAGCUACUUCCAUGGCAACUAUGAACUGCUUAAAUGACUGCUUUCAUAUUCUCCAGUUGCAGCAUGCAUCACAUCAGAAGGGCUCAUUGCCUUCAGGAACGACAAUCGAGUGGUUAGAACCAAAGAUACCUUUAUCAAACCACUAUAAAAAUGGAGCUGACCAGCCCUUUGCAGCCGAGCAGAGUAAGCCAAUGGCAGUCCCAGAAGAGCAGUGUGUUGCGGAAUCUGGACUAUUAGCAAGGGAACCUGAAGAAAUAAAUACAGAUGAUGAGGUGGAGGAUACCUGUGACAACAAGGAGGAUGACCUGGGAGCUGUGGAAGAGCAACGCAGUGUUAUCCUACAUCUCUUGUCACAGCUCAAGCUGGGCAUGGAUUUAACAAGAGUGGUGCUUCCUACAUUUAUCCUAGAGAAGCGUUCCUUGCUGGAAAUGUAUGCAGACUUUAUGUCUCAUCCAGAUCUAUUUAUAGCCAUCAGUAAUGGAGCCACACCUGAGGACAGGAUGAUUCGUUUUGUUGAGUACUACCUUACCUCAUUUCAUGAAGGCCGUAAGGGAGCCAUUGCUAAGAAACCGUACAAUCCUAUCAUUGGAGAAACAUUUCACUGUUCCUGGAAGAUGCCAAAAAGCGAAGUAGCAUCCAGUGUUACUAGCAACUCUUCCACCCAGGCAGUCACAAAUCAUGCUCCUCUAUCAGAAGAGGCUUUAAGCCCGGUCGGACCAGACUGCUAUACAGUCAGAUUUGUUGCUGAACAAGUUUCCCAUCAUCCUCCAGUGUCAGGAUUUUAUGCAGAAUGUGCAGAGAGGAAGAUGUGUGUAAAUGCUCAUGUCUGGACUAAGAGCAAAUUCUUAGGCAUGUCGAUAGGCGUGACGAUGGUUGGAGAAGGUAUCCUUAGUCUAUUGGAGCAUGGAGAAGAGUAUACAUUUUCUCUACCUUGUGCAUAUGCCCGGUCAAUUUUAACUGUUCCUUGGGUGGAACUGGGUGGCAAAGUCAGUGUCAACUGUGCAAAAACUGGUUAUUCAGCCAGCAUCACUUUUCAUACUAAGCCAUUUUAUGGUGGCAAACUGCACCGGGUUACCGGUGAAGUAAAGCACAAUAGUAGCAACACUGUGGUAUGCAAAGUGCAAGGGGAAUGGAAUAGUGUUCUUGAGUUCACUUACAGCAAUGGAGAGACAAAGAAUGUGGACUUGACUAAAUUGGCAGUGACGAAGAAAAGGGUAAGACCUCUGGAGCAGCAGGACCCAUUUGAAUCCAGGCGAUUGUGGAAAAAUGUGACUGACUCUCUGAGGGAAUCUGAAAUUGAUAAGGCCACAGAGCAUAAACGCACCCUGGAAGAACGCCAGAGGGCUGAAGAAAGGCAUCGUAUUGAAACGGGCACACCCUGGAAAACCAAGUACUUUAUUAAAGAGGGAGAUGGCUGGGUUUAUCACAAACCCCUUUGGAAAAUAAUUCCAACAACACAACCAGCAGAGUGACACACACUAAGACUCAACCAAAUGAAAUUCUUCUCUGUUUACCCAAACCCUCCCAGAAUGGAGUUAUUGCACUGAGUGACCUACUUCCUGAUUGCAGACUGAAACUAGCUAAACAUGAAUGUAUCUAUUAGGGCACCAUAGAACUACAGCGAGACCAAAGUGUUGAAGAAGCACUAUGGACCUCUCACCAACCUGUCCAUGUGACGUGAGCAAUAUCAUCUGAAAACCUUCCACCUGACUUGUUAGAUGAUUGAUCUUUAUCUAGUUCCUAUUCCUAAAGCUAAAUUUAAAUCCCCUGUUUUUGCAUGGGGGCAGCAGAUAAACACAACAGUGAAAAACUCAAUGACUUUCAUUUCUUUAUAGUGAAAAGUGAAGUCUCUUUCAGAGUCUAUGCUUUGCUUUCUGUCAAUAACUUAAGUAUUCACUACCCAUAAACCAAGAGGAGGAGAAAGACGACCCAGAAGUGGAUUCAGCCAUUGUGCCUGAAAUCAGUGUUAAAAAAAAAAAUCAACCAGGUCGUACUAACAAGGCAUUCUGUUCCUUCAAAGAGACUGUGUGCUUGUGUCAGGAUCUUAUGCAUUAUCCACCUCUGUCGGAACUCUCUUUUGAUUCAAAUUAUAACCAUGGAGAACUUUUUCUUCUGAGCAUUUUAAUAUACUUGAAAACAACAUUGACUUGAAAAAUUUCAGAACAUUUUUCAAUACCUAGUUUUAUUAAAUAUUUCACUUGAGAGACAAUUUUUUAAAUGUGUUCAUGUCAAUAUGAUGAGAUUUUGGUCUUAAGAACUGAGGCAUUAAAGAACAUAGCAGAUAUUAAGAAAUAAAACUGUUACCUUUUUCCACUUGUAGGUUAAUAUACAGUAUUAUGUGUUACCCUCUGGAUGAGUAUGCUUUAUCGUACCUCUGUUCACUCAAAAUUUAAAACAACUGUUCCUAUUUGUCAGUAAUUCAGAAGUUAUAUAUGUGACUGAGAGCGUGUAUAGUAUGGUUUUAUUUUCUUUUCAACUCAAAUGCUGAAGAAAGAGCAUGAAAUUAAAAGGUACAAGGAAAUUAUAUCCAGGUACAAAUCUUUUUAAAUAAGUGUUUUAUUGAGGUUAAAGAAUUUCUGGCAACUAAAAGAAUAGUGCUAAUUACAGCUCUCAUCAUUCAUUCAAGUAUUUAUUGAGUACCUACUUAUGGUGCUUAAUACUUGUUACUGCAAGCUACCUUAAUUUUCCAAGAGUGGUGCCUUAUUCUGUUUCUUCUGAUGUGGUCUUCCAAUCAGUGUGUGUAAUAUAUACCUGUUAUUCACCAGCCAUUGAAGGUGGCUGUAUCUGUUGCAUCAUCAUUAGAAAUUUAAGCUUUGUGCUCUGAUAAAUUGUGUUUUAUUGAAGGGGUUAAUAGGAGAAAAACAGCAAAAUAAUUUUUUCAACAAAUUGUAAAUAAUUGGUUUAUGUACAACCAUUUUAAUGAUUCCCUUGUUCAUUUUUGCUGUGAAAUGCACUGAAAAAAUCUCAAACCAAGUUAUAGUUCAUGUGUUGGGCAGAUUGAAAAAUAAUAAAACUAGAGAACAAUAA